AUGGCUCCGCUCCUGCGGCUGCUGGCCGGCGUGGCCGCGCUGCUACUCGCCGUGGGCGUGUCCCCGGCGAGCUCCGCCGUGGACCUCGGCGUGAACUGGGGAUCGCAGUGCACGCACCAGCUGGACCCCUCCGAGGUGGUCAAGAUGCUCAAGGCCAACGGGAUCAUGAAGGUGAAGCUGUUCGACGCGGACCCCUGGCCCGUCGGCGCGCUGCUCGACUCCGGCAUCGAGGUCAUGCUCGGCAUCCCCAACGACAUGCUGGAGGCGAUGACCAGCUACGGCAACGCCGAGGACUGGGUGGCGGAGAACGCCACCAGCUACGGGGACAGGCUCAAGCUCCGCUACGUGGCCGUGGGGAACGAGCCCUUCCUCAAGAGCUACAACGGCAGCUUCAUGGAGAACACCGUGCCGGCGCUCAAGAACAUCCAGAAGGCGCUGGACGAGGCCGGGAUCGGCGACAAGGUCAAGGCCACCGUGCCGCUCAACGCCGACGUCUACGUCGGCGACAAGCCCUCCGAGGGCAAGUUCCGGCCCGACAUCGACGACGUCAUGACCGACAUGGUCAAGUUCAUGCACGACCACGGCGCGCCCUUCGUCGUCAACAUCUACCCCUUCCUCAGCCUCUACCAGAGCGACAACUUCCCCUUCGAGUUCGCCUUCUUCGACGGCGGCCGCAGCAUCCAGGACAACGGCGGCGUCAGCUACUCCAACGUGUUCGACGCCAACUACGACACGCUGGUGAGCGCGCUCAAGAAGGCCGGCGUGCCCAGCCUCAAGGUCGUCGUCGGCGAGAUCGGCUGGCCCACCGACGGCAACAAGAACGCCAACGCCAAGCUCGCGCGACGCUUCUAUGACGGCCUCCUCAAGAAGCUGGCCAAGAACGAGGGCACCCACCUCCGGCCGGGCAAGAUGGAGGUCUACCUCUUCGGCCUCUUCGACGAGGACAUGAAGAGCAUCGCGCCGGGCAACUUCGAGCGCCACUGGGGCAUCCUCACCUACGACGGCAAGCCCAAGUUCAGCAUGGACCUGUCGGGGCAAGGGAACGACAGGCGGCUCGCCGCCGUGUCCGGCGUGGAGUACCUGCCCAAGCAGUGGUGCGUGUUCGACGACGAGGCCGCCAAGGACGAGGACAUGGACAAGCUGGGGGGGAACAUCCAGUACGCCUGCGCCAGCGGCGACUGCACGGCGCUGGGCUACGGCUGCUCCUGCAACGGGCUCGACGAGAUGAGCAACAUCUCCUACGCAUUCAACAUGUACUUCCAGAUGCAGGACCAGGACGUGCGCGCCUGCGACUUCGACGGCCUCGCCAAGAUCUCCGACAAGAACGCCUCCACCAAGACCUGCCUCUUCCCGGUGCAGAUCAUCAGCGCCGCCACCGUCCCGGCACGCCGAUGGCCCGCGUCGUCGCUGCUGCUGGCCUUGGUGGUCGCGCAUGCUCUCGUGUCAUGA